GGGUUGUGCUUCUCGUCUUUGGUUGUGUUGCUAAGCGGACGUAUUAAAGGCCUCCAGUGAAGUUGUUUCUUUUAUUUAGGGUUUCACUCUACAGCCAUGAAUGUAAUACGCCAGCCAAGGGGUAAUCCCAGUGGGGGUCCAAGCAGGCCUCUCAUGGGUCCUCAGAAGUCCAGAGGACGAGGAAGAGGGGCUCUGGAUUUUAAUCCAAUUCAGUUCAGGCCUGGGCAGAGAGCAUCCUCAUCAACUGACAGUGGGGAUUCAAGAACUCCCAGCAACUGGCAGCUGCAAAUGGCUAUCAGCUCUUCUGCAUACCGAACUUCAUCUUCAUCAAUUCGCACUGCUUCGGGUAAUGCCUACACACCCUCACCUCAUCCAAACAGUCGUCAAUCACUUGGAAAGCAAUGUCCAAAGAGAUCCAGAACAUUAACAUCAUCAUCUUCUAUAACUCCUACUUCCUCUUCAAUGCCCCCACCCAAAACACCACGCUGUAACACUUCCACCCCAAAUAAUGGUUCAUUUAUAGUUUCAAGUACACCUCGGACUACACCAUCCUCGUCUAGUGGCACAGAUAAUCAACAUUCUCAUGUUGUUCUUGCUCUCACAGAAGGCCGUGGCCAUGCACGUGGAGAAGUGGGGAUGGCUGUAAUUGAUAUUAAGAGACCCCGUCUGAUUCUCUGCCAACUUAGUGAUCGUCAAACGUAUGCGAACACACUUACAAAAAUCUCCGUCUUUCGCCCAUUAGAAAUACUCAUUCCAAAUACUUUCGUUGACUCAAGCCAACCAAACAAACUCUACAGCUUACUUGAAGAGAAGUUCCCCUUUACUAAUAUGACAAAGGUUCAAAGAAGGUUGUUCCGUGAUUCUGAUGGUCUUGAAAAAGUUCAAAAUUUGUGUUUGCCAGAAAAUUCAUCUUGUCAACUGGUUGUUCAGGAUAGGUUUUAUGCCCUUGCUGCUGCAGCAGCUCUUCUCAAAUAUGUUGAGUAUGUUCAAAAUGUAAUUUUUGCUGCUCAUUCUUUGAAAGUUGAAUAUCAAGGUGCUCAUGAUGGAACACUUAUAGAUGUGAAAACAGCUAAGAACCUAGAGCUGUUAUUAAACCAGCAGAGUAACACUGUAACUCAUACUUUGGUUGGGAUAAUGGAUCAUUGUUGCACUCAUGGUGGAAGCCGUUUACUGCGUGCAUCACUGCUACACCCACCGUGCUCCUUGCCAAUCAUUACUAGUAGGCAGGAUGGUGUGCAAGAAAUGUUGGAAAAUUCUGAGAUGGCCCAAAAAAUACGAGAAAUUUUAAAAGAAAUGCCUGAUGUUGAACAGCUUUUAACAUUAUGUAUGCUUACUCCAUCCACUGUUGGUGGCACACAAUGUAUGGAAAAAAGAAUCAACUAUGUUCUUAUGCUUAAAACAACUCUGGAAAUUUUACCCCUUCUUGGAGCAGCUUUGGAAAAUUCACAGUCAACCUUGCUAGGCAAAGCCAAAGAGUGUCUUAAAGAUUCUCGAGGUGAUGUUAUGAAGGCUAGAAUUCUGGAAACUCUUCAUGAGGAUGUUAAAGCUCCCAAAGGAGGAAAGGCAGCUCUCUUCCAAAAAUGUUUUGCCGUGAAAAGUGGUGUGAAUGAUCUCUUGGACGUUGCCCGCAAAACGUAUUCUGAACUUAUUAAUGACAUCCAUGACCACGUGUCAAGUAUGGGAACAACCCAUUCGCUUCCCUUGAAGAUAGACUAUUCAGUCACUAAAGGAUACCAUAUUCAGAUAACAUUCCAAAAAAAUCAUCGUAUUGAAAAAUCUACUCUGCCACCAUUUUUUGUUCAGGUCCAGCAGAGCAGAAAUUGCCUCACAUGCACUACUGAUACUCUUAUUCAUGCAAAUGAACGGAUCAAACAUGUCACAAGUGAUAUUUUAUCAAUAAGUCACAGACUUCUUACGACUGUCUUGAAUGACAUUCGUCAGCAUAUAAGUUAUCUUUAUGAGAUGUGUGAAAGUAUAGCGGUAAUAGAUUUAGUUUUAGCCCUCGCUCACACAGCUAGCUGUAAUAAUUAUGUCAGGCCAACAUUCGGAGAUGAACUUUCGCUUAAAUUAUCACGUCAUCCAAUUUUAGAAUCUUUUUCUACAUGUGAUCCUGUGGCAAAUGACAUAAAAGCCUCAAGCUGGAAAAAUUUGUGUAUAAUUACUGGAGCAAAUAUGAGUGGGAAGAGCAUUUACCUAAGACAAGUUCUACUGCUUCAAAUCAUGGCCCAAGUUGGAUCUUUUGUUCCUGCUGAACAGGCAGUAUUUCGGUUGACUGACCACAUUUUUUCUCAUUUAAACUUUGAUGACAGUAUAGAGAAUAAUGCAUCUACCCUAUCUCUGGAGAUGCAGGAAAUGCAGUUUAUUCUCUCCAAUAUUACACCAACCUCUAUAGUUGCACUCGAUGAGCUAUGCAGAGGAACCUCAGUGGAGGAAGGAACAGCUAUAGCAUGGUCUUUAUGUGAAGAACUAAACCAGUCCACUAUGACAAAGGUUCAAAGAAGGUUGUUCCGUGAUUCUGAUGGUCUUGAAAAAGUUCAAAAUUUGUGUUUGCCAGAAAAUUCAUCUUGUCAACUGGUUGUUCAGGAUAGGUUUUAUGCCCUUGCUGCUGCAGCAGCUCUUCUCAAAUAUGUUGAGUAUGUUCAAAAUGUAAUUUUUGCUGCUCAUUCUUUGAAAGUUGAAUAUCAAGGUGCUCAUGAUGGAACACUUAUAGAUGUGAAAACAGCUAAGAACCUAGAGCUGUUAUUAAACCAGCAGAGUAACACUGUAACUCAUACUUUGGUUGGGAUAAUGGAUCAUUGUUGCACUCAUGGUGGAAGCCGUUUACUGCGUGCAUCACUGCUACACCCACCGUGCUCCUUGCCAAUCAUUACUAGUAGGCAGGAUGGUGUGCAAGAAAUGUUGGAAAAUUCUGAGAUGGCCCAAAAAAUACGAGAAAUUUUAAAAGAAAUGCCUGAUGUUGAACAGCUUUUAACAUUAUGUAUGCUUACUCCAUCCACUGUUGGUGGCACACAAUGUAUGGAAAAAAGAAUCAACUAUGUUCUUAUGCUUAAAACAACUCUGGAAAUUUUACCCCUUCUUGGAGCAGCUUUGGAAAAUUCACAGUCAACCUUGCUAGGCAAAGCCAAAGAGUGUCUUAAAGAUUCUCGAGGUGAUGUUAUGAAGGCUAGAAUUCUGGAAACUCUUCAUGAGGAUGUUAAAGCUCCCAAAGGAGGAAAGGCAGCUCUCUUCCAAAAAUGUUUUGCCGUGAAAAGUGGUGUGAAUGAUCUCUUGGACGUUGCCCGCAAAACGUAUUCUGAACUUAUUAAUGACAUCCAUGACCACGUUGUUUACCUUGAAACAGUUGAGCAUGAAUACUCUGACUCAAAAAGCAGACUAGUUUACACUCAUCGGUUACUCCCUGGUGUAAAUCCAAUGGAUCAUUAUGGACUACGGUUGGCUGAAAACAUGGAUGUGCCCAAAUCUAUCAUUCAAAUGGCUGUUAAUUUUUCAUCAGAGAUCAGAGCAACCACAGAAGUAAACUUUGCUUCUGCACAAGGGGAUGAAGCAUAUACUUUAGCUUUUUAUUUGCAAAAAGUAAAACUUCUGAUGGACAAAGAAGACAUCAAUGCAUCUGAGUUGCUUCAGGUCAAACAUGAAGUAACACAAGCACUGGAUUUGGUGCGGCAACAGAGACAGACUGUGUUGAUACAUCAGAGGACUUCUCCUGUGUUACAAGAACAACACACUAAUCUUCAGCCUAGGAAGACUGACAGGCAUCAGCAAAAGCUGUGUGAGUACUCCAGCUCUGAGCUUGACACAACCCCACGGGAGAAUCAAGUAGAGCCCCCAGAAUUGCGGUUGCUCUCAAGAGAUGUACGAUUUGGCGAUGAAAAUCUGAGUGAUAGCCCUCCAACAAAUCGGUUUUCAUUCGGUAGAACACAUUUCAACUCCGCUCCUGAACAAACUUCCUUCCGUCUUGGUUCUUUCACAACCAGUAAUUCUACUGAUAAUGACAAUGAAGAUGCAGAGAGCAUUGUUUCUUCAUCAUCGGCGAUUGGAUCCUACAAAGAGGGAAGCAAGCACAUGAGUCCUACAUCAAACUGUUCUCAUGAUACUUGGCUUGCUGGAAGUCCUUUACCAAGCCCCAGCGAGAAAACAAGAUAUUCUAAUAAAAAUUUGAGAAGAGAAAAUUCAGAACAGUCCAUUAGUUUAACUGAUUCUAGUUGCAGUAGCUAUAAUUUGGACAGAAGCUACCAUAGGUCUGAUUUAAAUUUGUCUGGAAAUGCUCAAAAUUUAUCAGAACCUGACUUCUUUGGUGAUGAAAAUACUUUUGAGGGUGCAGAGCGUCCUUUCUUUGGUACUAAUCCACCAGAUAAAUGCCUGUUUGAAGUAGGGUCUGAGCAGAAAGAAGUGGACUUUUUCUCGACAAAAAUCAAGUCCUCAAGUCCUCCAUUUGAGUUUUCACAGAACUCUUCGAGAAGUCAGCCAAAAUUUCACAGUCUUUUCCAAAUAGCGCCUGAGGAAAAACCAACAGCUCAUACGUCACCUCUUUCUUCUGAUGUAUUUAUGAAGACACUUUCAGUGCCACCUUCUCCCAGUGGAGUGAAGAGACCAAAUGUUGAAAGUGAUAUAUUAUCUCCAAUAUUCACCUCUAACAAGAAUAAAAGAAAAGCUAUGUGUGUGAGCGAAAAGCCUAAAUCUAUCAUCCAGGACGUCCCAGACAAGUUGACCACUGGGGAAUCCAGCCUGUCAACAAGUUUUGAAGAAACCCGAAAGGAGACCCGGAGAUGUGACGGCUCGGACGAUACUUUAUCAAAUUGUUCUCAAGCAACUACUGUAAUUGGGUGCCAUCGCAACGCUCUUCAGAUUUUGCGAGAAUCCUAUUGUUCUGAUUCAGAGAGUGAUUAGUUAAUAACUCAGCCCUCUUUUAGACUCCAUCGUCAAUUUAACCGAUGUAUUUUAAACUUAUGACAUUCAUACCAUUUUGACAACAAUCAACAGAGCCACAAAGCUCUAAUAAAUUCGCAGACGAUUUCAAA